CGUCAUUUGGCAUAAUUUAUUUUGUGAACGAAAAUUGAAUUUAACAUCCGUCGAAGAUUUUCUGACGAACUCAACUCAUUUGUGUUUUUCAAAUUUUCAUUUGUUUAUUUAUGUCUUAUUCAAGAAAAAAAACAAGACAUAUUUAGGAGUUGAUUUCAUGAUUUGACAGCACUGUUGGUUUUCGCAUGGCGUAUUGAAUGAUUAUUUUUUGUUCCCUGUAUUGUAAAAGCUUUUUGAACUUUCCUGGAGUUUUUUUUGCUGUGAUAACUUUUUUAAAGCAUUUUCUGCAUUAAAAGUUUGUUUUUGUGUUUAUCUAAGUGUGGCUAGUCGUUAUACGAAAGAACUGAUUGUGGAAAAACGGGGACGAAAUGGCUGAUGUUUUGGAUAUCUUGGAACUGGGCAGACCGGGAACUCCAGAGGUGACGAAAGAAAGUAUCAUGGGCACAGGCUCACAGAAACCGAAACCGAAAUAUAAACCCAAGAAUGAAGUACUACGCAAGCCUGAAGGAAUGGCAAGAGAACUUUUUAACCUCUUGGUCAAUGAUAGUAAAGAUGCUGCACCUCUAUUUCCAACUGACACAGGUAAAGGUUACAAGCAAACAAAGGCUCAAUUAGGAGUUCGUAAAGUGAGACCAUGGAAAUGGAUGCCAUUCACCAAUCCAGCCCGGAAAGAUGGUGCAAUUUUUCAUCAUUGGCGUAGAGCAGCAGAUGAAGGAAAAGAAUAUCCUUUUGCCAAAUUUAAUAAGCAAGUUCAUGUCUGUUCUUACACGGAUCAAGAGUAUAAUUUACUCCAACUAGAUAAUUGGACAAGACAAGAAACAGAUCAUUUGUUCGAUCUCUGUCGGCAAUUUGAUUUACGUUUCACGGUUAUCCAAGACCGCUGGGACAGUGUUCGUUAUUCGAAGAGAUCGAUUGAAGAAUUGAAAGAGAGAUACUACGACAUCUGCAAUAUAUUAAACAAAGCAAGGCAUACUACUGGCCCAGAGCCUAAGAAUAUUGCUUAUGACGCCGACAAUGAAAAACGUCGUAAGGAACAACUGAAAAGGCUAUUUGAACGAACCUCGGAACAAGUUGAGGAAGAAGCCAACCUUCUCCAGGAAUUGAGAAAGAUUGAAGCCAGGAAGAAAGACCGAGAGCGAAAAACCCAGGAUCUUCAAAAAUUAAUUACGGCCGCCGACAGUGGAGGUUCCGUCACGGGUACUGCGGCAGAUCAUUCCCCUUCCACACAUCGAGGAACCCCUCCAGACAAAAAACAACAAAUAAGAAAGAAAAAUACCCCGUUUGUUACACCAAAAGCCAAACUUGAGCUUCUGCCUUCAGUGGAAACUCCCAAUACCGGAAUUAAGUUCCCUGAGUUUAAAGCCAGUGGUGUGUUUCUGCGCUCACAACGCAUGAAAUUACCUCCUAGUGUUGGCCAGAAAAAAUCCAAAGCUAUCGAACAAAUGUUGACAGAACUUGGAUUGGAAUUGAAUCCUAUGCCUACCGAGGAUAUAUGCCAAAAUUUCAACGAACUUCGUAGUGACUUAGUUCUUCUCUACGAAUUGAAGCUGGGUCUCUCAACAUGUGAAUACGAAUUGCAAGCUCUAAGACAUCAGUAUGAGGCUUUAGCUCCUGGAAAAACCUUGGAGAUUCCACCCUCCUUGCUUUCAAAUAAUGACCCAACGAUCCAGCCUGAAGAGAUUCCGACCAGACCGAAAACUUUGUCUGAAGUCAUUGACAUUGUUGGAUCUGCUGCCACACCUAUGCGCAAAAGAAAAGCAGCCCUAGAACAGAACAACAUGUUAAAGAAGAUUAAAAAUCGCAUGUGAUUGCCGUCAUUUAUUAUUAUUGUGUUUUUUUUUGUGUGAGCUGGAAUACACUUAAUUUUUCUUUUCAAA